CCAUCACCCGCCCGGCGGAGGGGCGGGAGCCGGGACGUGACCCCGCCGGGCUGGCCGCGGAAGGGCCGACAUGGCGGGGUCCCGACAGUGGGCCCCCCUGCUCCUGUGCUUGCUGCAGUGCGCUCCAGGGAGGCCCUCUCUGGCCCCUCCCCAGAACGUGACGCUGCUCUCCCGGAACUUCAGCAUGUACCUGACGUGGCUCCCAGGGCCUGGCAACCCCCAGGACGUGACCUAUUUUGUGGCCUAUCAGAGCAAUCCAAUCACCAGACGGUGGCGAAAAGUGGAAAAGUGUGCAGGAAUCAAAGAGCUGGCCUGUCCUCUGAUGUGCCUGAAGAGACAGGACCUGUACAACAAACUCAAGGGGCGCGUCCGGGUGGUUUCUCCCAGCGCCAAGUCCUCCUGGGCGGAGUCCGAGUUGCUGGAAUACCUUUUUGAAGUGGAGCCGGCCCCGCCCAUCCUCGUGGUCAACCGGACAGAGAGGAUGCUGAGCGUCAAUGCCACAUACCAGCUGCCCCUCUGCAUGCACCAGCCAGAUCUGAAGUAUGAGGUGGAUUUCUGGAAGGAGGGCACCAGGAACAAGACCCACUUUCCUGCCACUCCCCAUGGCCAGCCCGUCCAGAUCCCCCUCCAGCCAGCUGCCAGCGGACGCCACUGCCUCAGCGCCAGAACCAUCUACACCUACGGUGCCUCGAAAUACAGCGAGUUCUCCGAGCCCACCUGCUUCUCCCUGGAGGGGCCUGGAGCCAGCUGGACCUUCCUGGUGCUGCUUCUGCUUCUGCUGCCACUGCUUGUGGUCAUUGCCACCGGGCGUGUGAUCUGGAAGAGCUUCACAGGGAACCUCUGUUUGCAGCGGGCCAAGAUGCCACAGGCCCUGGACUUUUCUGGACACAGACACCCAGUGCCAACCUUUCAGCCCAGUGACCCAGUGUCUCCAGAUGACCUGAUCCUCUGUCCCCAAAAGGAACUGACCAGAAGGGUCAGGGUGACCCCUGGAGUCAGAGCCCCAGCCACCGUCCAGGCAGGAUCAGAGGACGGUGCUGAGCAGGAGGAGGACGACGAGGAGGACACAGACGACAAUGUCAGCUUCCAGCCUUACAGACCACCUUCCUUCCUGGGGCAAGAGCACCAGAUCCUGGAACCCACUGAAGCAGGGGGCUCCUGGACUCUCCUGGUCCAGGCUGAAGGCUCGUCUGGUUGUGAUUGUUCAGACAGAAGCUGCACCAGCACUGGGGGCUCCUCCCCCUGGGAUGAGGCUGGGUCCUCUGGCUGUUUGGCCAAGAAGGGGCCAGGCCAAGGGCCGGGUGGGGACGAGUGUCAGGAGCCUUUCCCACGACCCAAAUCCUCUGAGGAUUCGGGUUCCCUGGCCGAGCCGCUGAGAGAGGACCUCUCCUGGGCCAGCUGGGGCUCCUCGUCACCAGGUCUGAAGCUCCUCCCCGAGGAGCCCCCAGUUUCUCUUGGGACACUGAUCUUCGGCUGGGACAGCAGCGCCGAGGAGGAGGAGGAGGAGGAAGAAGAGGGUGGGAGGGAAUCGGAAAUUGAGGACAACAGUGCCGGCAGCUGGGGGGCUGACGGCUUCCAGAGGACCGAGGUCAGGGGCAGUACACUGGGGCAUUACAUGGCCAGGUGAGCUGUCGCCCAGCUUCCCACCGAGUCUGGUGCUGCCGAGCUUCCCAAGGACCCAAGAUGCCACCGAGACCUGAGGGACUGGGAGCGGCAUCGCUGAGGUGCAGCCCCAGCUCAAGGCUGUUUGUCUGUUGGGUUGAGCAUUAAGAAGCCACCCCACCCUAUGACCAACCGGCUUUGGACUGAGCUCCAAGACGGAUGGAGACAAGGAUGGGCUGAGGUCAGAGGCUGGGUGGGAGUCAGAUCACCCCAUUGUCCCUGGGCUGAUAGGCCAGGUGGAAACGUCAUCGCUGGACAGUGUGAAACAGGUGAGGUCAGUCACACUGGACAUCAAGAGCUGCCACCACAAGGGGCCAUCUGGCUUUGGGGGAAGGAAAUUCGGAGGCACGUCUGUAUCAGAGUCGUGCCUUUCUCCAGCACCCACUGAGGUCCCUCCUCCCUUGAUACUUAGACUCCUGAUUCCUGAGUGUGGGCCCUGGUAAAGGAAAAUCCAGUUAGCUGAGAGCGUGGGAGGGGAAGGGAAAGGGUGGUCAUCAUUCAAACUGCAGUCUCUGAGUCAUGGAAUUGCACAGUUUUUAAUAUCAGACAGACCUGGGUUCAAGUCCCAGCUCUGCCAUUUACUCGUUGUGCGACACUGGGUUAGCCACCUUCUCUCUACCUCAGUUUCCUCAUCUGUAACUACCACCUGGGGUGUGAUGAGGGUUCCAAGAGAGAGAUGUGUAUAGCAUGUGCCUGCUGCGUCGUUGGCACUCUGCAUCGUGGCUGGAGGAUUCUCCAACCCACCCAGGCUCUGAGGAGAUGGCUGGGCGUCUGCCACCUGUGACCCCUAACCUCAGAGCGACUGGAAGCGGCGACCUCUCAGCUUGUCCGCUUCUAGUCUACCUCCUUUCUUCCACCCUCGCUGCCUCUCCCCAUCACGAAACGAAGCUCUCAGAAGGCAGAGCCCAGCCAAGGGGGACCCUGGUCCCUCUCCUUUUUCCCAGCAAAGAAAGAACCAAAUGGUCCACCUUCCAGGGGGUGGGGUGGCAACCUGGCAAGGCAUUGGACUCCUGCGCUUGGCAUCCCUGUUUCAGACAGAACUUGAGACCCUUUGGUUGAUGACUGUGGUUGUAAAGAAAUCCCAUUUUCCCUUCCAGUUCUGAGAAGCCAGUGUCUUCUGGAAACGGUGGCUGUCCUUACCUGGGGGUAUGAUGGGUGUUCUCAACGCGUUUGUUAACCUGCACCCACCAGUGUAUGGAUGAGCCCAGCCGAGUUUUCAACCACAGGGACCAAGAUUUUUGUCAGUUGUGUGGCCGGAGAGCUGAACAAUCUUGGCUCUGCCAUUUAAUCUGCCGGAUUUACAUUUCUCCAUUUGUGAGAAAAGCAUCUUUGUAUCCGUUUUACUCACAGAGCUGUGGUGUUUUGAAGCCAGUAUGAGAGUAUAGCAUUAAAUGAAAGAUGUGGAAAAGCUGCUCGAGGGCGUCUGGUCUGGGGGUUCUCAAACCAUGUUCCCAGAAGGCCUCAGCUUUCGUGGGGACAACUCUCAGUUGCAGGGGCAGCCAUGGACUAUAGGACCCCCUGACUUCCCCCAGAGUGGUUGCCCCGGGCUCUGAUUUACUCCAGCGGCCUUCCACAUGAGGUUGUGCUUUGGCUCUUCCGCUGCUAAAGAAAAAGUUAGCAAACCACUUUUUAAAUGGAACACCUGUCUUUAUUUCAGACAAAGAAGCUGAAAUGGUGGCUUACUAUGCAUAUCCUUAAGGGUGAGAUCUUUGGUCUCUGGCCAGCUGGCACAACCUUUAUGCCCUUGGCCUUGUCGACACGGUACCGAGGUCUCAGCAAGGAUUUCUGAGGGGCACUGAGCUGACAGGAGGCCUUCACCACUGCUGGGCCUCACACACACGCACACAUGCACACACACGUGUGUGCAUUUCUACACCUUCCACGGAACAUUCUCUGGCUGGCCUUGCAAACCCACUGAGCACAGGGGAGGCAGGACAAACCCUGGAACUGGGGAGAGCUGCAGCUCAGGGCCAGUUCCCCGGAAGAUGCCUAGACCAAGGCUGAUGUUCUUUCUGGAACCCAGCCUAGCUGCUUCCUGGAGGUAAUUUUGAAAAACUAAAAGCUAUCAUCGCUGUGCUCUCAGGCUUGUGUGACGGAACCACUUUAUUCUUAAACUUUGCUUUUCUUUUUUAAACAUUUUUUCCAAAGUUUCAUUUCUGAGAGAAGCUGAGCUCUCUAGGAAUUCUAAAUUUUAGCUCCUUUAAGGUCAUUAAGUCAUUCAUGAAAAGCGGUGGGAGGCAUUACCAAAGGGCAUGGCCAUCGAUAUAAUACCUAACUGUUUACAAAGCCCCUUUCGCCUACAGGGGCCUGGGGAACUGCGGAGCGGGAGCCCCGGGGCCACCCUUAAAGGCCAUGGGGGAAACAUGGGUGCUGCCUUAGGCGAGAGCAACAGUGUAAGUCGUCAGAGUACUGAGAAGAUUAUAUGUUGUUCUUAGAUAUUUGUAUUUAUUGUGAAUUUUGUUUAUAUCGUAUUUAAAUAAUUCCCUAAUUCUUUUUGGUAUCUACCCUAGACUGUUUUCAAUAAAGAGCUCUAUUUUUAGAGAAAAAGGCAGAA